CUUUGAUUUCCACUUUCACUUUUGAUUCAUCGAACCCACCACAUCCACUUCUUCCUGUCUUCCUUCUUCCCCUUUCCACUUACGCACGACAUGGCCCUCUUCCACAACAAUGCCUCCUCCCCGCUCUCGGCGCUGGAUGACACACGCAUCAAGCGCAUCAGGCCGUUGAUCCCGCCGCAGAUCCUCAUCGAGGACUACCCGCUCACCGUCGAGGCGGCUGCGACUAUCGCCAAGGGUAGGCAGGAUGCUGAGGCUAUCGUCAAGCAGCACGAUGACAGGCUGGUCGUCAUCGUCGGGCCUUGCUCCGUGCAUGAUGUGACCGCUGGCGUGGAAUACGCCAAGCGCCUGGCCGCCUACGCUCGCAGCGCCAAGUCUGACCUCCAUAUCAUCAUGCGCGUCUACUUUGAGAAGCCUCGCACCACCGUAGGAUGGAAAGGCCUGAUCAAUGACCCAGACCUGACCAACAGCUUCAACAUCAACAAGGGUCUUCGUCUUGCUCGCGGCUUCCUUCUCGAGGUCAACAACCUCGGCCUGCCCGCGGGAACCGAGUGGCUUGAUCCGAUCACUCCGCAAUACAACGCCGACCUGGUCAGCUGGGGAGCCAUUGGGGCGAGGACGACUGAGAGCCAGGUGCACAGGGAGUUGGCGAGUGGAUUGAGCAUGCCCAUUGGGUUCAAGAACGGGACAGAUGGUAGCAUUCAGGUCGCCGUCGAUGCCAUCAAGUCGUCCUCUUCUCCCCACUCCUUCCUCUCCGUCACCAAACAAGGCAUCAGCGCCAUCGUCGAAACCCACGGCAAUGACGCCUGCCAUGUAAUCCUUCGCGGCGCCAACUCCGGCCCCAAUUACUCACCGCAGCACAUCGACAGCGUGGCUGCGCAGCUGGACAAGGCGGGCAUGGGCCGACGCAUCAUGGUGGACUGCUCGCAUGGGAACAGCGAGAAGAAGCAUGAGAACCAAAUGAAGGUCGUCAAGUCCAUCAGGGAGCAGCUCGAGGGGGAGAGGGCGUGGGAUCUCAUUGGUGUGAUGAUUGAGAGUCACAUUGAGGAGGGGAAGCAGAGCAUUCCUGCUGAGGGACCACAGGGACUCAAGUACGGGCAGAGCAUUACGGAUGCGUGUGUCAAUUGGGAGACGACGGUGAAGGCGUUGGACACGUUGAGGGAGGGAGUGCAGAAGAGGAGAGAGGCUUCGGGUACUGCUACGCCUAAUGGUGUUGGGGAGGGAGGCGUCGAGCAAGGUCAAGGCUUCAAUGACGCGGCACUGCAGGGUAGUAUGGCGGGGCUGGGUCGCACAGGCUUGGGCGGCGGGUUCAACGAUGAGGCGCUUGCCAAGGGUUUGGGAACUGGGGCGCUGUCGUCGUAA